UCUUUCCAACACCAAUCCACCACAUGACGAAGGUCUUGCACCCAAUCUACAAAUCCUGACUGAGCCAAUCAAGAUAAAGGUAACUGCCACCUGUCAUUGACAACUAGAUAUAAUAAUUGGAUGCAGGCUCUCAAAGAAGCCAACUCUCUCCUCUCUCUCUCCCUCACCACCACCAUGCCUGCAGCAGCAGCGGCAGCGGCAGCCAUUUCUUCCUUGUGCUUCUGUUCCCAUAACCCAUCGCCACAACCCUCAAGUUCCCACCAAACAAACAACAUCCAAUUAACACCAAAACCCAAAACCUCAUUGCAGAAACACCCACUCUAUCAACCAGCAAACUCAAACCUCUCCUUCCAAUUCAAAGAGAAAAUCCUUUGCCUGGAAAUAAUGGGGGUUGAUUCAGGGAAAGCACUGUCAAUAAACCCAUCACUCCACUCAGCCUCCUUGCACUCCAUCCACUCCAUAAUUUCCUUCCUCCAAUCCAAAGGCAUCCACCAAAAGGACAUGGGCAGGAUUUUUGGCAUGUGCCCCCAAAUCCUCACCUCUGAUAUCAAAUCUGACCUCAUCCCAGUUUUCAAUUUCCUAUUUCAUGACCUUAGAGUCCCAGAAACCAAUUUCAGAAGUGUCAUCAACAAAUGCCCCAGGUUACUGGCUUCUAGUGUCAGAGACCAGCUCAAACCUGCUCUUUUCUACUUACAGAGACUUGGGUUUAGGGAUUUGAAAGCCUUGGCUUAUCAAGAUCCAAUUUUGCUGGUCUCUAGUGUGGAAAACACAUUGAUUCCAAAACUUGAUUAUUUGGGGGAGUUGGGUUUCUCAAGAAAUGAUACAGUGGGAAUGGUUCUGAGGUGUCCUACUUUGUUCACUUUUAGUAUUGAAAAUAACUUUAAGCCCAAGUUUGAGUAUUUUGACAAGGAGAUGGGGGGUAGGUUGGAGGAGUUGAAGGAGUUUCCUGGGUACUUUGCUUUCAGUUUGGAGAAGAGAAUAAAGCCUAGGCAUAUGGAGGUUGUGCAGAGUGGGGUGAAGGUUCCUUUGCCACUUAUGCUUAAGAGCACUGAUGAAGAGUUCAGGGAGCUGAUUAGGCGUGGUGGUCGAUGACUAGUCUAUGGGUCCUCCCUCAUAUUUUCUAGCUAAUUACUUUGGGAGAGUCUCCGGUACAAUCCACUAUCCUCCGGUUUGGUUCAGUAGCUUGAGUUUGGAGCUUUUGUGGGCUUAUCUCAGGACGUAUAAUCGAAACAGUUCAUCCAGAAGCUCCUCAAUGAAGUGACAUUCAUGCAUAGUUGAUGGGAUAUCAAUAGUUGUUCCGGUGUAUUUGUAAUUUGGAGCAAUCCAUCUUAUAUGGGUUGUAAUAUAUAUUAUCUAGUGCAAUAAUGGACUGUUUGUUUCUGUAGCCUUUGUGUUGCAUUCUGUGAAUAAAUUUGGAAUUUUCUUGUCUCA